GAUAAUGAAUUUUUAUUCGUAUCAUUACUAUCAUUACUUCGCGUUUUAAUGAUAAAACUGUGUAUUUAAAAAUGAGCAAGAGAUCUUUAAGACAAAGGCAACAUAACCCUUAUAUCUCUACUGCUAGUAAUGCUCUAUAUGUGGGUUAUGUUGAGGACGAUGAAUCCAUUGAUGCUAUUAUGAAGAAAUUUGAAGAAUUAGAACGAAUUCGAGAAGAAAUUGCGGCCUCUAAUGCUAAUGAAACAGCUGAAGUUCAUCCUCUAAAUGAUAAAAAUAAUACUUUUCAGGAAAAUGGCUUGACACAAGAACAACUUGAAGAAGUUUUUAGGAGAACUUCUAGUUUUACGGUUAAAUCCGCUACUUUCGCACCUAAUUUUGACGAACUGGAUGACUUAGAUUUUUGGCGUGUUGAACUAGAGGAUGGUAACACUGCUGAAUACGAGGAAGAAGACGAUUAUAUGGCGGUUGACAACGACUUUUGGGAUGCUGAAUUCGGAGAUAAAAAGCGAAAACGGAAAAAUGAUAAAUCAUCGCCCGAAAGACGACGUGGUUUUGAUCGUGAAAGUAUAUUGCAACGAUACAAAAUUAUGCAAGUCAAGUUGCAGGACAGGAACGGGAAUUUUUUUACAGUAAAAAAGAAAGUCAGCAAUAUAGAUCCUAGUCUUCCCACAUAUAUAAGAAUUCCGUCAUUACCAAUACCACGUUCGUGGGCACAUACAAUUCUUCCACCUAAAAUUGAAUCAACUUUAAUGAUUCACGGGUCAAGAUAUUUUGAAAACGAUAUCUUAUCAAUGGAUCUUAAAAAACUUGGUCAAGAUUUUCAAGCAGUGUAUAUUGACCCACCUUUUCUAUUACCAGACGAGGAACCUUCACCCGAAAAGAUUACUUUACAGCAAUUUGAAAGCCUUAAAGUGCCUGAUAUCGUCCCAAAAGGUUUCCUUUUCAUUUGGGUUGAAAAAGAAUUCAUACCGGAUAUUGUUCAGAUAGCAGAGAAAUGGAAUUUUCGAUACGUGGAAAAUUUCUGCUGGAUAAAGAAACAUAUUAACAAUCAAAUUUCACGUGCACCAUACCGAUAUUUCAAUAAGUCAAAAUUAUCUCUCUUGAUAUUUCGCAAGGAAGGGGAUAUUGAGUUACGCCACCAAAGAAAUCCAGAUUGUGUUUUUGACUUUAUAAAGCCCAGAACUUUAGAAAUGUUAACUGAAGGAAAGCCGAGAGUUAUGUAUGACAUUAUAGAAACCAUGUUACCGCAAGCAGUAUAUAAUGAACAAAAUCCUAACGGUGAUAAAUUGUUAGAGUUAUGGGCGAAAAAAGGUUCUCAUCGUCAAGGAUGGACAACUGUCGUUCAAAUAUAAUAAUCGAUAUUUUAUAAAUCGUAAUUAUGAUUAUCCGCUACUGUAUUAAAUAGAAAUCAAUAAUAUGAUUAUCCAUAAAUUUAGAAAUGUAUAUAAUUACAAGUCAUUAUCUGCUAUGGGUAAGUUAUUUGAAAACAGUAUGACAAUAAUGAGAAUAAUUUACUAAAAGAAAGUGUUGCAUCGCAUAUAUAGUUACCGUACAAAUUAGUUGAAGGGUAAAUCUCAAACUCAAUAAUUUUCAAAUUUUCAAAAUCGCAAAUUUUUAUAUCAAAUUCUGCAAAUGCCGUUCAAAUUACAA